AUGUAUGUUUCAAAAAAAUCUGAUGAUGCACUGACAGUCAAUGAUCAAUUAAAUUUAUCUCAAGGUCAUGCAACAUCUCCAAUACAUGAUAUACACUCACCAGUCAGCAAUCAAUCGAUUGCACCUCAAGGUCUCACAACAGCUCCAAUAUAUGACAAACAUUCAUCAAUCAAUAUUUUUGGACUUAAUAUCUCACCUAAUUACAACUUACCUGUAACAUGCACCACAAAUCCUCGAAAUAUACAACUUUCUUUUUCUGAUAAUUCACUCAGUAGUGAUGCAGAAGAUCAACCACAAUGGUUGAUUAAAUUAGAAAAAAAAUAUAGCAAAAAAAUACUAGAUUGGGAUAACCAAAUGAUGAAAGACUGGCAAGAAGUAUUAAAAAAGUUUCAACAAGACUGGAAUAUGAAGGUACAAAUAGAGCGAAGUCGAUUGAUCGAACAAUUGCAAGCAGAAUUAAAUGAAGAAAAACGUAAACGCUUAGUCAAAGAACAACAGUAG